UUCCAGCAGCCCCUGAGGUUACUAAAGCAACAAAAUAAAAAUUGCCGGAAGUAAUUGGAUUGUCCAAUAUUGAAGGAAAACAGUAAGAUGACUAAUUAUCAGCGAUUAUUGUCCUGCACUAAGCUAUUGGCUGCUCACGUAAAUCAAGCUCGUCAUGAAAAAGCUUUAACUUUCUUCACUCGUAUGCACUCAGACCCUGAUUUAUCUCUAGACCCAUUUGUCUUCCCGCUUGCUCUCAAAUCCUGUACAGCUCUUAACUUAUCAUUUUUUGGUAAAUCAAUCCAUGCUUACACCACCAAGUUGUCUCUGAUUUUCAAUCCCUUUGUUGCAUGUGCCAUAAUUGACAUGUAUGGUAAAUGUGUAUCAAUCUCUUCCGCCCGUCAAGUGUUCGAUGAAAAUCCUCAAAGAAAUGUGGUAAUGUGGAAUUCGAUGAUUUCUCUUUACUGUCGCUCUGGUAAUCUUUCAACUGCUAUCCAAAUGUUCGAUUUGAUGGAUGUUGAACCUAAUCCGUCUUCUUUCAAUUCAAUCAUGGCUGCGUUGUCUGAACAGAACGAUGGGUCUUUGAAAGCAUUAGAUUUUUAUAGACGCAUGCAAAAUUGUAAUGUCAAACCAAGUUUAAUUACAGUGCUUGCUCUUUUAUCAGCAUGUGUAGGUUUGACAUCAUUGAAUCUUGUGAGAGAAAUUCAUGGGUAUGCAAUCCGGAUUUUGAUAGAUUCUGAUACCCAUUUGGGUUCUAACCUUAUAGAAGCUUAUGGGCGAUGCGGGUAUCCCCUGGGUUCACGUUAUGUUUUUGACAGAAUGCAUGGAAGAGAUAUAGUUGCAUGGAGCAGUAUGAUAUCAGCUUAUGCAUUACAUGGCGAAGCUGAGAAAGCCUUAGAGAUGUUUGAACAAAUGGAGUUAGCGAAAGUUCGACCAGAUGAAAUCACUUUUCUUGGGGUAUUAAAGGCUUGCAGUCAUUCAGGUUUAGCUGAUGAAGCGAAGAAUUAUGUUUUGAAAAUGAGGAACUAUUACGGUUUGGUUCCAGGAAGUAAACACUACGCGUGUUUGGUCGACGUUUUAAGUCGUGCAGGAAAGUUAUAUGAAGCUUAUCAAGUUAUUAAAGAGAUGCCAGCAAGGGAAAAUGUAAAAGCCUGGGGAGCUUUACUUGGGGCUUGUAGGAAUUAUGGUGAAGUUGAACUAGCAGAGAUUGCUGGAAAGGUAUUGUUUGAAAUAGAACCUGAAAAUGCCGGAAAUUAUGUGUUGUUGGCUAGUGUUUAUUCUGGUGCAGGGAGAUUAGAUGAAGCGGAGAGAGUUAGGAGAGACAUGAAAGGGAGGGCUGUAAAGUCAUCACCUGGGAGUAGCUGGAUUAAUACGUGAAACCUAGAAUCGCAGUCUCAUCACCCAAGUAGCCCAUCUCUAGAAAACAAAUGCAACUCUGUAAGAGCUAACAAUAUUACGGGUGCCCUGGGGUUGACCUGAGAAAAUGCAUGGCCUAAUUAUGCAUAUAGAUACGUUGGUUCAGUUUCAUAUAGAUGUGAAUCCUGGCCUCAUAUCAAUAUUGUAUGGAUUCCCAACUUGACCACUAGUUUGGAUUCAGUGAACAUGCAGGGUCUUCUGUUUUCCGGAUGUGCAGGCAAAAAUGAGCAUUGCAUUGCAUUUAUUUAUUUAUUUCCCAUGGUGGCAUUGCGGCAACAUUGGUUUAUUCUUUCGUAAUCCCUGCAAGUAGAAUGGGAAAUCAGUCUCCGUCUAUGAACUUUGUAUAGGGCGUUCCCUUUGUGCUAUGCCGAAGCUGCUCAGUUGUCUCCCAUAGAUCAUCAAAAAUUCUUGAUCCAUGCAUUGUUGGUAAUUCUUCUUUUAUGUAGAUCCCAUACAGGCAUACACACACACACACUGUUAAAUCAUUCUUUUUCAUUAAUCUGUUCUGUAUUAGUAAAACAUUCUUUAAGUUUGAUGAGAAUAAGGUUGAUUUCUGUUACAUAUACCAGAAGGGGAGGCAGUUCAAUUAUACUUGAUUAACA